AUGGCCGCCACCGGCCCGGGCGCCCGCUGUGCGGAGCUCUGCGGGCAGCUGCUGCUGACCAUCUUGGUCUUCAGUUUUUCUGGUGAAGCUUGUGAAAAGGUGACGAUAAAUGUACCUUCUAAACUAGAGGCAGACAAAAUGGUUGGCAGAGUUAAUUUGAAAGAGUGCCUCAGGUCUGCAGACCUCAUCCAGUCAAGUGAUCCUGACUUUAGAGUUCUAGUUGAUGGGUCCGUUUUCACAGCUGGCGCUCUUGUGCUGUCUGAUGGGAAAAGAUCAUUCACCAUAAGGCUUUCUGACACGAAGACACAAAUGCAGAGAGAGAUUACUGUGCUCCUGGAAGAUCAGAAGGUACUCAAAAAAAGACACACUAAAGAGACUGUUCUCAGGAGAGCCAAGAGGAGAUGGGCACCCAUUCCUUGUUCCAUGCAAGAGAAUUCCUUGGGUCCCUUCCCUUUGUUUCUUCAACAAGUUCAAUCUGAUGCAGCACAGAACUACACCAUUUUCUACUCAAUAAGUGGGCGUGGAGUUGACCAAGAACCUCUGAAUUUGUUUUUCAUAGAAAGAGACACUGGAAAUCUAUUUUGUACUCGGCCUGUAGAUCGUGAGGAAUAUGAUGUUUUUGAUUUGAUUGCCUAUGCAUCAACUGCCGAUGGGUAUUCAGCAGACUUGCCUCUUCCACUGCCCAUCAAAGUGGAAGACGAAAAUGACAACCAUCCUGUUUUCACUGAAGCCAUUUAUAAUUUUGAAGUUCCAGAAAGUAGCAGACUUGGUACCACAGUGGGAGUGGUCUGUGCCACAGACCGAGAUGAACCGGACACGAUGCACACACGUCUGAAGUACAGCAUCUUGGAGCAGAGGCCAAGGUCACCUGGGCUCUUUUCAGUGCAUCCUAAUACAGGCGUCAUCACCACAGUCUCUCAUCACACAGACAGAGAGGUUGUCGACAAGUAUACAUUGAUAAUGAAAGUCCAAGACAUGGAUGGUCAAUUUUUUGGACUGAUCAGUACAUCAACUUGUGUCAUAACAAUAACAGAUUCAAAUGACAAUGCACCUACUUUUAGACAAAAUGCUUAUGAAGCAUCAGUGGAGGAAAAUGCAUAUAAUGUGGAAAUCUUACGGAUACCUAUAGAAGAUAAGGAUUUAAUUAAUACUGCAAAUUGGAGGGCCAAUUUUACCAUUUUAAAAGGAAAUGAAAAUGGACACUUCAAAAUCAGUACAGACAAAUCAACUAAUGAAGGCAUUCUGUGUGUUGUAAAGCCAUUGAAUUAUGAAGAAAACCGUCAAGCGAUCCUAGAAAUUGGAGUGAACAAUGAAGCUCCAUUGACUAGAGAUGUGGCAACCAAAGUGGUAACUAUGAACCGAGCUUUGGUGACAGUUCACGUGAGGGACCAAGAUGAAGGGCCAGAAUGCAACCCUGCAGCUCAAUACGUGCGGAUUAAAGAAAACUCAGCCUUGGGUUCAAAGAUGAAUGGCUAUAAGGCAUAUGACCCUGAAACUAAAAGUAGCAAUGGUUUAAGAUAUAAGAAAUUGCAUGAUCCUAAAGAGUGGGUCAGCAUUGAUGAGAUUUCGGGGUCAAUCACAGUUUCCAAGACCCUGGACAGAGAGGUUGCAACUCCGAGAAAUGACUUAUAUAAUAUUACAGUCCUGGCAAUAGACCAAGAGGGCAGAUCAUGUACGGGAACACUCGCAGUCAACAUUGAAGAUGUGAAUGACAAUGCGCCAGCAAUCCUUCAAGAUUACCUUGUGAUUUGCAAGCCAAAGAUGGGGUACACUGACAUUUCAGCUGUCGACCCUGAUGAACCCAUCCACGGAGCUCCAUUUCAAUUCAACCUGGCGAACACUUCUCCAGAGAUCAAUAGAAUAUGGACUAUUGACAAAGUUAAUGAUACAGCAGCCCGCUUGUCAUAUAAGAAAAAUGCUGCAUUUCAAGAAUAUACCAUUCCUAUUACUGUAAAAGAUAGAGCAGGCCAAUCUGCGACCAAAACUCUGAGAGUUAAUCUGUGUGAUUGUACUCACCCAAGUCAUUGUGUCCGGACUUCGAGGAGUGCAGGGAUAGCACUGGGAAAAUGGGCCAUCCUUGCGAUAUUACUGGGCAUUGCACUGCUGUUUUCUGUACUGCUAACUUUAGUAUGUGGAGUUGUUAGUGCCAGAAAAGGGAAAAAAUUUCCUGAAGAUUUAGCACAGCAAAACUUAAUUAUAUCAAACACAGAAGCACCUGGAGACGAUAGAGUGUGUUCUGCCAAUGGAUUCACGACCCACACUGCUAACAAUUCAAGUCAAGGCUUUUGUGGCACAAUGGGAUCUGGAAUCAGAAAUGGUGGACAGGAAACCAUUGAAAUGAUGAAAGGACAUCAGACCUUGGACUCCUGCCGGGUGGCUGGGCACCACCAUACACUGGAUUCCUGCAGGGGAGGACACAUGGAGACAGACAAUGGCAGAUACACUUACUCAGAGUGGCACAAUUUCACUCAGCCCCGACUUGGUGAAAAGUUGCACGCAUGUAAUCAGAGUGAAGACCACAUACCAUUGCAAGACUAUGUCCUUACCUAUCGCUAUGAAGGAAGGGGAUCUCCAGCCGGUUCCAUAGGUUGCUGCAGAAAACAGGAAGAAGAUGGACUUGACUUUUUAAAUAAUUUGGAACCCAAAUUUCUUACAUUAGCAGAAGCAUGUGCAAAGAGAUAA